GUCCGUUAUCGUCAAUUCACAACUGAAAAAUUUCGCUGUUUUGCAUCAAUAAUUUCUGUCGCUGUCACCAAAAUUCAGUAAAAAGAUUUGAAUGAUGGAGGAGGAAGAAGAAAUGAUGGUCGUUGAAGGUCAAGGUCACAUUGAGUUGGAUGAACAGGUUGAUAGAGAGGCUGUGAUUAUUAUGAAUGCCUUAGCUGGUGAAGCUCAUGGAAAUACAACAUUUCAGAUUAUAAGCCAUGAUGGCCAGGUUCAUAUUGCAUCAGAAGAUAGUGGUCAUGUGACCCAACAUCUUGAUCACAAUGGACAACCAAUCAUCGCUGUUAAUCUGGCUUUUGCACAGGAAGGUCAGGAUCUCCAACAACUUGGUUUAACAGAAAGCAUUUAUGUUGAGUUACCGGUAGCAGAACAGAACUCUGAGAUGAUUGUGGAAGACAGUCAUCACCAAAGCAACCAUACUCAAGAGAGUUUGCUUGAGAUUGUUGAGAGCGGUGAGGUCAACAAGCUACCUAAUCAAGUAGAGAUAGGCAUAGGCAGAGAUAGACUAUCAACCAAUCAUAGGAUAGAUACUGUUAUACAAAUACCAGAUGGAUUGACCAAUCAGAGCGCUGAUGAUAUAAACCAAGAAGCUAGUUUGACCAAUGAGAACUCUACUCCUGCCUUACCUGAAUCUGAAGUGACCAACCAGUGUUCAGUUAUCUUGAGACCAGAAUCUUGUUUGACAAAUGAGACUGCAGAACCUGUCAUGUUGGAGUCAGAAUUGACCAAUCAGAGCGCAGAUACUAUCACACCACAAGUUGGAUCGACCAAUCAGAGUACAGAUACUAUCACACCAGAAGUUGGCUCGACCAAUCAGAGUACAGAUACUAUCACACCACAAGUUGGCUCGACCAAUCAGAGCACAGAUACUAUCAUACCACAAGUUGGAUCGACCAAUCAGAGCACAGAUACUAUCACACCUCAAGUUGGAUUGACCAAUCAGAGCACAAAUACCAUGAACCCAGAAACAGAGGUGACCAAUGUUAGUACAGGUGAGGAGGCUGAGUUAACCAAUGUUAGUGCAGAUACUGUGAUAAGAGAAGCUGAGAUCAACAAUCAGAAUGCUACAUCAGAAACGAAAGGGUCAAAUAAUGCAGAGCUAGAGCAAUCCUCUAAUAAAACCCAAGGAACCAAACGUGAUUCCAACAUGAAGUCUGUGUCAAGGGGUACCCCCAGGAAACAAGCUCCAGUAAAGACUCCAGAACCAUCCCAUAAGGUCUGUCAUUACUGCUGGAAAGAGUUCCGAACAGAAAGGCAACACCGUGCUCAUGAGAAAUCUCAUGCCAAGGAAGAAUCACCUUACCUUUGUCGCUACUGCAGUAAGUUAUUUGACACAGAUGGACAGAGGAUGAAACAUAUGAAACAAAAACAUUCUCUCUCUAAAUGUGAAGAAUGUGAGGCUUGCUUUGAUAAUGAGGCACUUCUUGCAAAGCAUAUGAUGUUGCAUAGUCGGCCUAAGAUGUUUAUGUGUAAUAUCUGUGGGUCAAUGUUUACCAAGGAGAGUUAUCUCAUCUGCCAUAAGGUUGUCCAUGAAGAAGAAGAAGAGCUAGGGGAGACCAUGGAUGCAGCAGUAGAUGAGACAGCAAACAAUAAAGACAUCAGCCAUGUGAGAUCAAUAGGCCAAACUCAGAUGGGCCAGACUGUAGAUGAAGGACAGGAAGAGGUGACAGAGACUUUAGAUGAAAGACAAGAAGGAGUGAAGGAGACAGUAGAUGAAGCAGAGAAUGAUGUAGAUGGUGAAGAGGUUGAUGACGAUGACAGUGAUUGGGAAGUACCUGCCUCAAAGAAGUUUAAAUGUGAUGAAUGUGAGAAAUCCUUCACCUCACAGAAAGGUUUGAAGAUGCAUCAGAGAUUGGUUCAUGUAGACAUUCAAAAAGAGCUAUCAAGCAGUGAGGACGAAGAGAUAGUCAAGAAGAAAACGAAGGAAGGAAAGGGUGAAAGAGCCGAGUGUCCAGUGUGCAAGAAGACCUUUGUGAGUGUGCGCCAGUUGACUCGGCAUGAAUCCACACAUGCAAGUUGGGAUUGUCCACACUGCUCAAAGAGUUUCCGGACAUCCUGGAUUCUCAAGGAACAUCUCAACACGCACACAGGAGAACGCCCUUACAAAUGUACCCAGUGUGAAAAAACCUUCAAGAGCUAUGGAGGUCUGAGACGACACAAGAUCAUCCACAAAGGUACCAAGCCAUACAAAUGUGAUCUGUGUGAUAUGAGAUUCAGUGAUGCCUCAUCGUUGAAAAGCCAUAAGAAACGCCAUGCAGGUGACAAGCAGGUGGAAUGCGAUGUUUGUCAGAUGAAGUUUUACACUGGGUUUCAGAUGAGAACCCAUCGACUGACACACGGAGGACAGGACCACAAAGAAGAGAAGCUCCUGCGGUGUGAUGGGUGCCCAAAAGCAUUCCUUAGCCCGAGCAGUUUGGAAAAACACAAAAUAUCAGGUAAAUGUGGAAAGCAGUUCUCCUGUCCUUUCUGCUCUGAAAAAUUCCUUUACAAGAAAGAGAGAGAAAAACACAUGGAGACCCAUACCGAGUAUGUCACCAAAGAAGGCAAAUCAACAGAUAACAAUAAGAAAUCUAACAAGAUCUUCAAGUGCCCUACAUGCAAGCAGGAUUUUCCUAAUCUUCGUACCUUCACAAUGCAUAACAAGAAACAUGGUAAACAAGGGAAAGUCUAUGCAUGUGAGGUGUGUAAUAAGAUAUUCUCUACGUCUGUCAGUCUUAAGUAUCACAUGAAGCUACAUACCGGUCAAGGUCCCAAGUGCUCUGUGUGUAACAAAACCUUCUACAAUGCCAAAUCACUCAGGAGGCAUGAACGCAUACACACCGGCCAAAAACCUUUCAAGUGUGGAUUUUGCGAAAAGUCUUUUAGUGACCAGAGUGCAUGUGCAUCACAUAUGAGAGUGCACUCUGCAGAGAAACCCUUCAAAUGUUCCUACUGUGAUAAAGGGUUUCGUCAGAAAGGACAACGGACAAUGCAUGAGAAGAAGGUCCAUCGGAAAGGAAUGGAAGAUGGUGACAAGGUGAAGGGAGACAUUCCAAGCUCUGAAGACACUGGUCUCAAGAUGGUGUAUAGAUGCCGUAUCUGUAAAAAAGAGUUUGAGGAGAAGGAAGAGCUGAUUAAACAUAAAGAAACCCAUGAAGAACUGAAUAAUGAAGAAGAAGAGAUGAUCCCUAUGCCAGCUAAGGUAGCCAAAGCAAAGAAAGAGGUGCAGACAUUCAAGUGUGAUAUAUGUGACCAUACCUUUGCCCAAAAGAGUUACCUAGUGCGUCAUCAAAGGGUACACACUGGUGAGAAACCAUACGGUUGUUCCCUCUGCGAUAAAAGGUUUUCUGAUAAGACCUCCCAACGUCGCCAUAAGUCCAUCCAUACAGGAGCAAAACCAUUCUUAUGCGAUCUUUGUGGCAAGUCUUUUCGAGACAAAUCAUACCUGAAUCUUCACAAGCGGAUGCAUUUAGGAGACAGACCAUAUGAAUGUAACAUUUGUUCUCGUAAGUUUGUACGGCAGAACUUCCUCAAUGCUCACAUGAAACUACAUCAAGGUAUCAAACCAAAAAAGCCUCCGCAAAAAAUAUUCACUUGUGAUAUCUGCAACAGAGUCUUAAGGUCUAAAUCAAGUUAUUAUACACACUUGAGAAUACACACAGGUGUCAAGCCAUUCUUGUGUACUUUUUGUGGCAAGGCCUUCCCAACCAAACCUCGUCUUGUCAACCAUGUACGUGUGCAUACAGGAGAGAAACCUUACGUGUGUGAUGUCUGCAAUAAAGCCUUCACAGAACCUGGAACACUCAGAAGGCAUAAGAUCAUCCAUACAGGGUUGAAACCUUACAAAUGUGAAACAUGUGAUCGAGCAUUUGCAGACAAAAGUGCCCUUAACUCUCAUGUUAGAAUGCAUACAGGUGAGAAAUCACAUUCUUGUGAAGUAUGCGGGAAGAUGUUCUGGACUGCUACUAAUAUGAGAGCGCAUGCUAAGACACAUCGGAAGAAGACUCUAUUUGAAUGCGGCGUUUGUCAGAAACAAAUCCUUGGACAAGAGAACUUGACAGCUCACUUGGUUGAGCAUGAAGCUGAACAGCGUGUCGCAUCUCAGGCUUUAGCUGAAACCAUGAUGGCUGCACAGGUUAUGAUGGACAAUGUCACAGAGGUUGUUAUCCAGGAAGAUGUUGUCACGACUGAAAACACAGAAUUCCAGUGUGAAAUCUGUGAAAAGUUCUUCAAGACUAAGAAAACUCUUCAGAAACAUAAGGUCAUACACGAUGAAGAGAAGCGCUUUGAGUGCGAGGUCUGUCAUAAACGCUUUGCCAGGAAAUCUUAUUUAGUUAGCCAUUCUACGAUCCAUACCGGUGAGAAGCCAUAUACCUGUGAGGAUUGCGGAAGACAAUUCAGGGAUCGUAGCUCUAUGAAGCGGCAUAUGAAUACACAUAGAGGAAUAAAGCGUUAUGAAUGUAAUGUAUGUCAAAAACAAUUCACUGAUAAGAGUGCUGCUAAUAUUCAUCUUAGGAUCCAUACUGGUGAAAAACCUUAUGAAUGUUAUGAAUGUAAGAUGUGUUUUACACAAAGUGGUCAUCUUGUAGAUCAUAUGAUCAAAAAUCAUUGAUGAUUGUCUUAUCACAUAGUAGUUCAAAUUAAUGGGAAAUCAAAUAGAAAUGCAGGUAACCUUACCCAAUUUGAAUAUUUUG